GCCCAUGUCACGUACAGAUACAACACCUCCUAUUUAUACGUUACGGUUCAGGAAGACGUCCUGAUCAUGUCCAUCAACACGCUUUUCACGGUGGGGAACCGUCAGAUGAGCAGCAUCCAGCGAGAUCUGCAAGCGAUGGAAGCCGGUGAUGACGGUGCAGCUAUCCAAGGCCAGAUAUCUACCACCCUCACUGCCUUUUCCCGCCUGAUCGACGACUAUUCCCGUCAAGCUUCCUCCCCCAACACCCCUGCCGACAAACGAGAAAAAGCUCAACGCCGAGCCCAGCAAUUCAGGGAAGAACAUACCAACCUCAAAAAUCUGUUCGAAAAACGUAAACAGGACGCAGCGGAGCGGUCGAGACAAAACUUGCUAGGUGCAGGGGGGAGCACCAGCGUCAGCGUCGGGAUGGGAGCCAGAGGAAACCUCGGCCCGAGAUUACGUCCCAACGCCCCUCCCACCCCUUUAGGGGACUCGUUCUCCGAAUCCCCUUUCGCCUCUUCUUCAAAUAACUCAAACGGAAUGGGGAUGGGCAACGACGCUCGGACGGAGCACGCCCUGUCCGAACACACCUUUAUCCAGCGUUCCGAGAACGCGAUCGACGACUACCUCUUACAAGGAAAAGCCGUACUCGACAACCUGGUCGAACAGCGCGAGAUAUUACGGCGGUCCAAGAGGGGUCUACGCGGGGUCGGGGAGACGUUGGGGUUGAGUAGGGAAACGAUCGGAUGGGUGGAAAGGAGGACAGCACAAGACUGGUGGAUAUUCUGCGGGGGAGCCGUCUUCACGUUGAUCAUGUUUGGAGUGAUAUACCACUACCUCGGGUAGAUACGGCAUGACGAGAAAUACAACGACAAACGAUACCGAAGCGAUCGCGAUCAUGGGCCUUGUCUUUUGCUACCUUGGGCUUCUUGUUAGAGUUGUAAUCAGUAUAUUGUUCUUCGUCAAUAGAUGUGAUUUAGCCUGAACGUCGAAGUCAUUGUACACGUCGGCGAGGUACGAGGU